UUAUAAUUGUAAUUUUUGGUGUUCACACUAUCAUUUAGAUCAUUUAAAUAACAGAACUGUCACUUGGAGCCAAUUGUGAACGCUGCCGUUGUUUUCAGGAUUUGCACAAUCACACUUCAGAAUCAUGUCAGAUUUGCUCUGUGUUUGGUUAAUGUUUAACUCCAGAGAUCAUCAUAAACAGGGUGCAGUUUCGAUCCGCGUUGAUAUUUACACACCUCACACACACACGUGCCUCACACGACUGUUACCUGGAGAAGCUCCUCUUUGUCUUUUCCUUUCAUUUUUUUGGGCAUGAGAACUUGCAGUCUUGUUUUUUUAGAGGAUACUUUCUGAUAAACGUUCAGCAUGAGGAGGAAGCAGUUGUGCAUUUAUAAUUCUCGAGGGGCGCACUGUGUGUGUGUGUGACCCGGCUCACUUCCCCUUCAUGCCCGUGUGUGCUGGCGCUGUGGGCGGUGGAGUGAAGCGCUCGAGGCUCCUGGCAUGGGCAGCGUAGGGAGCGGGGCCUCCAGUCAGCGGCCCAUCACAAUGCGCAGCGUGGGCACCCGCACCACCCCCAACGGCCCGCUGGCGGCCGCACCACCCCCCGCCUCGGCCCGCCGCCGCCUGGACGACCGCAGCUUCAGCGCCGAGCGCAUCCCCGGCCCCAGCACCAAGACCAAGGGCGUCUCCGCCGACGAGCACAGCUACAACGCAGAGAGGGAAUACCACGCAAACGCUCGCAUCCACGCCGACGCGGAGCGCGCCGCGCCACACAACGCCAACCGCCAGCAGACGCUCAACGGCGAGAGGCUGGUGUCCAACGUGGUGUUCGCCAACGGGGCGCGGAGGGAAGGACACAGGCGCGGAGAGAGUCUGGACCUGUGCGGGAACAACAUCGUGCUGAACAACGACAAGAACGGCAGCCAUCAAGCCCCGCUGCAGCCACCGCCGCUGCACAAGGACAAGAGCAAAGCCAAACCCGAUAAUCACAACCCGCCCAACAUCCUGCCCGUCUCGGGAAAACUCGAGCACGCACAGGUACGCCAACAACGGCCGUGUUCAGGAGAUACCAAUGACUCCCUGGUGCGUCCGUCAGCCUUCAAACCCGUGGUGCCCAAGAGCUUUCACUCCAUGCAGAACCUGGUGUGUCCCCUCCAGACCAGCUCCGGGACGGCCGGCGGUCCGGGCAGCAGCGGUAGCGGAGGCAGCGGGGGCGAGAAGGGGGGUCCGAACGCGUCCGGCCCGCAGUGGGACCAGGACAGUCCCGGCAGCCGCGGGACACACGCCGGCGCGGGUCGGGCGGGACAGGGCAGUCUGUCGGACUCCGGGAGGAACUCUCUGACCAGUCUGCCCACGUACACGGGCUCCAGCUACGGGCCACCGCCUGCGCUCGGACCCCUCAGUGCCUCCACCAGCCACAUCAACCGUCUGGGCACCGUCGCCCUGGACAAACUCGACAAGCCAGGCUACCAGAACGGCCUCAGUGCAUCGGACAGCGGCCGCUCCUCCUCAGGCAAGAGCUCCUCCUCGUACCAGCGCCUUAGUCAUCUGAGCGACGCUCCGGCGCCCCUGAGACCGUCUCCGUCCUCCGACGACGUGAUUCAGGACCUGGAGGACCGUCUGUGGGAGAGAGAACAAGAAGUAAGUAAGGUGAUUCACAUGCGGCGUAACCUGGACCAGAGCGAGGCGGCCAUCGUGCAGGUGUUCGAGGAGAAGCAGCGCGUGUGGGAGCGCGAGAUGGAGGAGCUGAGGCAGAACUACGCCGGGCGGCUGCAGCAGGUGACCCGACGGGCCCAGCGCACACAGCAGGCCCUGCAGGCGCAGAUCGCCCGUCUGCAGCAGGACAAGCGGCGGCUGCAGGACGAGAUGACGCUGCUGCUCGCUCAGAGAGAGGAGCUGGAGAAGAAGUGCUUGGACUUCAGGAAGGAGCAGGCCGAUAUCCUACCCAGACUGGAGGAGACCAAGUGGGAGGUGUGUCAGAAGGCGGGCGAGAUCUCUCUGCUGAAGCAGCAGCUGCGGGAGAGUCAGGGCGAGGUGACGCAGAGGGCCGGAGAGAUGGUGGCCUUGCGAGGGCAGCUGAAAGACCUCAACGCCCAGCUGAGAGAGCGAGAGGAGGCCGAGAUCAGCCUCAAAGAGUCCUUCUGCACCAAAACCCUGGAGCUGGAGCGCUGCGAGGCCGAGCUGCAGACCAUGCUGGCCGAGGUGACAGUGCUGCGGGACAAGCUGAGCGCGUUUGAGACGGAGGUCACGCGGCUGAAGAAAGCCCUCAGCGAACUGAGCAGCAGCUCGAGUCGCGCCAGUGAGCCCAGCCUGGCCGACAUGGGUCAGCUGGUGGCGUCCCGCAGCCGAGAGCGUCUUCUGUCCCCUCCGGAGACGCCCACGUCCCUCCCGUCCCUUCCGGCGCUUCCGGCGCCCGACCCGCUGCUCACGCUGCAGAGCGACGACUCCAAGGUGCAGUGGCAGGAGUCGGGCGACCUGAGGCGGCAGCUGGAGCGACUGCAGGGCGAGCUGCGUCUGGAGCGGCAGCAACGCGAACGCCAGGCGCUCACCUUCGCCCAGGAGCGCCAGACCUGGCAGGACGAGAAGGAGCGCGUGCUGAAGUACCAGGCGCAGCUGCAGCUCAGCUACGUGGAGAUGCUGCAGAAGAACCAGGCGCUGGAGGAGCGUGUGGACAAGCUGGGAGCCCAGAUCGCCACGCCGUCGCCCGCCUCGCCCCCGGCGCCUCCGCCCCUGCCGGAGCCCCCCGUGUCGGUCUCCAUAUCGCUCACCUCUCCCACCCCGCCGGCGGAGGAGAAGAAGCUGCCGGAGCUGCACCAGCUGGCUCCGCCGUGGCCCGUGCCGACCCGACUGGAGAGGAUCGAGUCGACGGAGAUCUGAUGCAGCCCCGAUUACAAUAGCAUUCAGUACAAUCCAAAAACUAAACCGCUUCCGAGGACUGUCCAAGGAUGCCCUGCUUGUCUGGGGCAGGUGUGUGGGUUGAGGGCAGGUUCGUUGGGUAGUUAUGAGAGCGUGUGUGGCCUUAUCAGCUGGUUUAGUGCAGAGGAGCUGGCCGCAGGGUCAGUAGCCAAGCGGAAAACACUCAGGGGUUUAUGGGGAACCGGCAUUCACAGACUGUUUCAGCUUUGUGUUUUUACAGGCGCGAGGGUUUAGGCUAUUAAUAAGUCACCAUCUUUCGUAGAUGCGCUCAAGAAUAUCCUUAUAAUGAUGACGGCAUCUUCUGUACUCUGCAGCCUUCAAACAAUCAAGACUAGAGUUAACAAACUAAAACUGCAGGGAGUUUCUCUUAAAGUGAAGAUCUCGCAUGGUGCUCAGACGCAACGCGCCAUCACGUUUAGGACCAAAUCUUAGUGCCAGUCUCGAGAGUGUUUAUGUCGAUGUUUGUCGGGCCGCAGAAACAUACUCUACGCAAGUACACAGACGUGCGGAACAAAUGGAGCGGAUUAUUCAUAAGAUUCAGUGCUUUUGAAGGAAGUCUGUUAUGCUCAUAAAGGCUGCAUUUUUGAUCAAAACUGCAGUAAAAAUGUGAAAUAUUAUUAUGAUUUAAAAUAACAGUCUUCUAUUUGAAUAUCUGUUAAAAUGUAAUUUAUUUUUGUGAUCAAAGCUGAAUUUUCAGCAUCAUUACUUUAGUCUUCAGUGUCACAUGAUCCUUCAGAAAUCAUGCUACACUCUAAAACAAAUGUUUUGGCUCAUCAAAAAAAUUAAUGCAACAAGUCUUUAUGACUUGUGACAACAAAAAAUCACAACUUCACUGACUUGAAUAAACUUAAUAAUUUGUAGCAUAAUUUUUUUAUUUUAGUUCCAGUUAAUUUUAACAUAUCUAUUAUAUAAAUCUUAUCUAUUAUUUUUUGUGAAAGAUCAGUUGAUGCAGACAUUUUCAUUACAUUUUGCAUUAAAUUUUACAUUUCAGUUUAUAUUACAUGCAAUAUCCAGCUAUGUAAUCAGAAUAAAACAUAUCAGUUAACAAAGAAAUUUCUAUUUAAAUUACACUCAGUAAUAGAAAGUCUAUUGAAAUAAAAGGUGUUACAAUUAAAAUUUUAAAAAAUCAGCUGACGUAGAAUUUUCAGUUUAAAUUAUACUCAAUGUUAAGCAGAUUUAAUCAAAAUAAAAAGUCAGUGAAUGCAGAAAAAUUAUUUUAGAUUACACUCAAUAUUAAUGACGUAAAUAAAAAAUGUGAAAAAUAAAUUCAUGUAGAAUUUUCAGUUGAAAUUACAAUCCAUAUUAAGUUGAUGUAAUUACAUCCAGUUUUAAUUUUCAUGGAAACCGUGAUACGUUUUAUUUUUCAGGAUGCUUUCAUGAAUACAAAGUUCAGCAGAACAGCAUUUAUUUGACAGAAAUCUUUUGUUACAUUAUAAAUGUCUUUACUGUCACUUUUGAUCAAAGCAUCCUUGGUGAAAAAGAAAUGUGAAAUCUUACAGACCCCAAGCUUUCGAAUAGUAGUGUAUCAGACUCAGAAUGCAUUGUUGCGAUGCAUAAUGAAUUGCUGUUCUCAGAAUUCAGUGAAACAGAGUUUGCGUCCGUGUGCUCGAAUAGAGUAUAUUUGUAGGCCGAGGCCUGGUGCGGGACAGAGGAGCGCUCAACCCUCCUGCUCUAUUGCCCAAAGCAGCGGCGGAGGACGUGUAUUCAUUUCAACUCAGAACGUACUGUAUCACCUGAAUGUUGUUUUUGCCCUUUUCUAUGUUUUGAGCAAUGUAGAGUAAACUAGAACGAGAGAUUGAGAUUAAAAAACAAGUCAAUAUGUUAGUGCACUUGAUGCUUCGGUCUCAGACCAUCCUGCUUUUAACUGAGGACUCGGUUGUUGUGAACAACAGCUGCUGAAUGAGGUUUGGUUGAUGAAGCUGCUAGACAGACGGACGGCGGCUGAGCCAAAACUGUGCAGAGGGCGACGGGUCAAUCUCGAAUUAGUCGACGGAUUAUAUUUGAAGAUGACUUUACAUUCUUCCAAAAAGAGCAUAUAAUAUGUGUCAAUGUAUACUUACUGAAAGUAUCAUUUAGAAUAUUUGACUUUAAAAAUGUCAUAUGCAGUAGAUUGAAGUGAUGAUUUAAAUGUGUUGAAGUAAGUGCACAGUGCACACAAAUCACGUGGAAUAUCGGAAGGCUUUGUGAAGACUGAAAUGUGGGUUGUGUGGUAGUUGAGGACUGAGAAUGCCAUACGACGCGUACUGUUUCUGCAGUGUGUGUAUUCUGUGCCGCUUACGUCAGAGCGCACUGCACGCGAUACUGUUUCCCACAAUGCAUAGAUGGCUUGACUUUGCAUUUGCAGUGUGAUGAAUGAACGGGAAGUUUGGUCGAAAUGCAAAAUAACCUCACUAUAUAUAAAUUCACAAUUGUGAGAUAUAAACUAAAAAAAAAAAAAUACAAAUAAAUAAAUAAAGGGUAAUUGCAACGUUUUAUCUUAUAAUUCUGACAUUUUAUUUGCAGUUCUAGCAAUUUUGACUUUUUUUCUUACCAUGCUUACCAUCUUACCAUCAGAAUUGAGAUAUAAAUUCAUCAUUGCAAGAUAUAAAUUCAAAAUUGUCAGACAGAAAGUUGCAAAAUGGAGGAAAAAAGUCAGAACUGUGUGAUAUAAACUCACAAUUUCCGAGAAGAAAUAGUUAAGCUUGUUUCCCAUUUUUUUCCCAGUUUAAAUCUUGAAAAUCUGAUUUUUUUGCAAGAUACAAAGUUAGAAUUAUGAGAAAUAAAGUCAUUAUUGCAAGAUAUAAAUUCACAAUUGUGAGAUAUAAACUCAGAAUUGCGAGAUAAAAAAAAGUGAAUAAAUAAAUAAAGGGUAAUUGCAACUUUUUAUCUUAUAAUUCUGAGUUAACUUGCAAUUCUUAAUUUUCUCAAAAUUGCAAUACAUGAAGUUAGAAUUGUUACAUAAAUUCAGAAUUGCAAGAUAUAAACUCACAAAUCAGAGAAAAAAAGUUCAUUGCAAGAUAUAAUCUCAAAAUUGCGAGAUAUAAAUGUGACAAUCAGAAAAAAAGUCUGAAUUGUGAGAUAUAAAUUGACAAUUUGUGAUUUUUAAUUUGCUGUUCUCGCAAUUCUAACUUCUUAUCUUACAAUUCUGACUUUUUUCUGAAUUGUGAGAUAUAAAGUCAUUAAUGUGAGAUAUAAACUUGCAAUUUGUGCAAUUUGUGAAAUAUAGUCAUUUUUGUGAGACAAACUUGCAAAUCAGAGAAAAAGUCUGAAUUGUGAGAUAAAAAACUUGCAAUUUGUGAGAAAAUAUAUAUAUAUACACAAUUUUUUAUUUGCAAUUCUAGCAAAAAAAUCUUAUAAUCCUGACAUUUUCUCAAAGCCAAAGUAAAGUCAUUAUUGCGAGACAUAAAUUAAAAAUAGUCACACAGAAACUUCCAAAAUGAAGGGAAAAAAAGUCAGAAUUGUGAGAUAUAAACUCACAAUUUGCAAGAAAUAGUUUAGCUUGUUUCUGCCACAGAAGAACAAUAAAAAAGGUAACUGAACUUUUAUUUUUAUGUUGAGAAAAAUGUACUAUUUUAAUACUAUUUUAAAUUCGCUGUUCUCGCCGUUUGAACUCAUCUUACAGUUCUGACUUUUUUCAUAAUUGCGAGAUAUGACUGAAUUGUGAGAUAUAAAGUUAUUAAUGUAAGAUACUACAAACUAAAAAAUGCGAGAUAUAAACUAUAAAUCAGAGAAAAAAGUCAGAAUUGAGAUAUAAACUUAGUAGUAUAAAUGUAUAAACUUAUAAAUAAAGUUAUUAUUUGCAAUUCUAGCAAUUUUUACAUUUUAUCUCACAAUUCUGACAUUUUUCUUCCUCUGUACUGAGAUAUAAAGUCAUUACUGCAAGAUGUAAAUUUAAAAUUGUGAGAUACAAACUCAUGAUUUGCAAGAAGAAAUAGUUAAGCUUAUUUAAACAUAAAAAGAUAAUUGUGACUUUUAUCUUUUAAAUUCAGAAUUACAAGAUAUAAACUCACAAAUCUGAGAGGAAAAGUCAUUUAUAAACAUGCAGUUUGCAUGAUUCAUAUAAUAUAAAGUCAUUAUUGUGAGGUAUAAACUCAAAAUCGCAAGGUAUAAAUGUGAAAACCAGAAAAAAAGUCCGAAUUGUGAGAUAUAGUCAUUAAUAUGACAUACUAUAAACUAAAAUAUGCAAGAUAUACACUUGCAAAUCAGAGAAAAUUGAGAAUUCUAAUUCUAAUCGGAGAGAAUUGAGAUUCUAAUUCCAAUUCUAAUUCUGAGUCCAAUUCUAGCAGUUUUGACGUUUUUCUUGCUCAGUAUUGAGAUAUAAAGUCAUUAUUGCAAGAUGUAAAUUUUAAAAUCACAAUUUGCUAGAAGAAAUAGUUAAGCUUAUUUCUGCCACAGAAUAAGAAAAAAGGUAUUUUUAUCGUACAAUUCUAACUUUUUUUCCCAGUUGCUAGUUUGUAUCUUGCAAGCUGACUUUUUUCUUGCAAUUCUGAGAAAAUGAAGAAUUGCAAGAUAAAGUCUUAAUUGCAACUCGCAAUUCAGAGAUAAAAAGUCAAGCUUGUUUCUGCCACAGAAUAAAAAAAGUACAUUUGUGAUCUCAAAUUCGCAAGUGCAAGUUUGUUUCUAUAUAAAAAAGCCAGAAUUGUGAGAUUU